UUUGACCACUCUCAUUCAAGGGUGGCCAAUAAAGCACGACGUUCGAUCCUGGGAAAGCGUCAGUCCCCUUCGAAUUUCUACAUCUCUACUAAUCCUAAGGCAGCAAUAUGCUGCCUUCGCCAUGGUCCAGUAUGUUGGUCGUAGCAGUUCUGGUGGGAGUUCGCCUAGCUCAAAUGAGUACCAUGGUCGAGGACGAACCGGAUUUGUAUCUGCCGAGCUGGCUCACCAACGAUCUUAUCCUUGCCCAGAUCGCCACGAUCUUCGGCCGAAUGACCCAUAUCGAUUUCGUACUGGACGAUCGAUCACCGGAUCGCGUACGGCAGCUGGAUUACAUUGUGAGACAUCUCCGCGACGAUAGCGGAUUCCUGCGGGGGAAAUCCAUCCGGAUCUACCAGGAACAAGAUGGGAUGGACGGAGUGGACAGCUGCGCCACGGUACUCGAUCACGACUACGGCGAUGAGUUCGACCUGAUCCACUGGGACCGGACGUACGACUCGUUCGCGAAGAUUUGGGGACAGAAUCAGUUCAACGGUUAUCUGGUGUUCGCGAAUGUAUUCACCUUCGAUCGACUGGUCGGAUGUUUGCUGGAUCCGAUCGGGACGUACCUGAUCGUGAUGGAUGAUGAAAUGGAGCCGGAUGAGGUCGGCCGAUUGCUGGCAGCGAUCUGGGAGAAGGAUGGGUCGUUUCAGGUGUUCACGCUGGCCGGGGAACGGUUGUUCGGAUAUGAUCCUUUUGUGCGGGUGGGGUCUCGAUACGGGAUGUUGAAGGAGUUGAACGUUUCGGACGAUCUCCCGAGGCUGCCGAACGUUAACUUCGAUGGGUAUCCGCUGAGGAUCGAAAUAUUCUGGUCAACGUACACGAUACCGAUGAAUACGAGUCGACCGAACAGGGACUUUAUCGGUCCGGAUGCGGAAGUUGGACGAACGGUUACAAAGUUCUUGAACUUCACAGCCGUUUUCAUUCCACCGGACAAUGACAAUUUCGGAACCCAACUGCCGAACGGGAGUUUCAACGGAGUCAUAGGACGGUUGGCGCGGCGCGAAAGCGACGUGGCCUUCGUAGGAUUUUUUGUCAAAGAUUACUUCAGUCGGGAUAUUGAGUUCACCUCCGGAGUGUACGGCGAUGAGCUCUGCUGUUUGGUGAAGAAGGCUAGCCGCAUACCGGAAUAUUUGCUUCCGAUCACGAUUUUCCCUUCGGACCUGUGGGGUGUUCUGUUCUUAGCAGGGAUCAUCUUCUCUGUCAUUUGGGUGAUAAUUCGAGGAGCGAUACGAAUUACCGCUAGGGUUCGCAAUCAACGGAAUCAACGACAAAGACUAGCCGAACUGUUCAACCUAUCCAACGAAACCCGCGACGCCCCGAGGUAUCGCAAAGUGAUCCAGAUAUGCGUGGAUACCUACAUCAUUUGGGUGAGCGCCCCCUAUCGAAGGUUUACCCAUUCGGGCGUCGAACGUCUGAUGCUCGUCGGCACCAUGCUGGUCAGCGUGAUCUUCGUAUCCAUGUUCCAAUCAAGUUUGUCUUCCGUAUUCUUGAAUCCAGUGUACUACAAAGAUAUCGACACUCUCCAGCAGUUGGACAAAUCCGGCAUGAAGAUUGUAGUCAAGUAUCGGGGGUUCAUGGACGACGUAUUUCCAGCUAACAAUACCCCCACCAUGGAUGCCUUGCGGAAUAAGAUGGCGUUCGAGCAGUACGCGGGAUCCAUGCCGGGUCGGGUCGCCCGCAUUGGAACAAUCUCAACCGUAACCCGAAAGUCGACCUUAUCCCUCGACAACGCCAUCUACCUGUCAACCAACCAACUGCACAUGGUCCGGGAGUGUCCCCGGAUGUACAACCUGGCCUAUGUCGUUUCGCGCCAUUCGGUGUUUCUCGAGCGGAUCAACACGAUGGUUAUGCGAAUGUUCGACGGUGGACUCGUCGACCGCUGGAUCUCGGAUAUGAACUACAACUUUACCAUUAGAGAUUGGGAGCAGAUUAGGGCUACGCUGGGGUCGAAUUUCAAGAUCUUGACGCUGGUGGAUAUGCAAUUUCCGUUCUACCUGUUGGCGAUCGGGCUAUGUGUGAGUACGGUGGUGUUCGGAGCGGAACUUGUACAUCACAGGAUCGGACGAGCACGCGGCAAGUCCGAUGGAGGGAUUUCUUUUAGUUCCAGUGAAGGAAAGCUUGCGAAAAAUGCUUCUUCAAAUAAUUACAGUUAUAGUCAGUAUUAGAAGUACAACAGAAAAUCACAUCUUGCUUGUUUGUUGAUAAUGUCAGUUGUUAAGUUGAUCGUAGCUCAAAACGUAAUAAAGGUGUUUGUUAAUGUUUGCAGUUGCUUGGAA